AGUAGGGUUUUGAAUGUUGCAGUGGAUUGUCUUGUAGGUCGGUGGCUGCUGCUGGCUCCGACUGUCCGGCUCUGUAAUGGCUGAGGUCUGAGGAGCUCAAUCUGUGGAUUUUUACAACACUCACGCACACAGGCAGAACUGCAUACACCCUCUGGACAGAGGAAACCAGGCGGAUCGGGGAGGAGAGGCCAACUGGAACGAUGGCUAAGUACCACUGGCAGAGUCAAAAUGUCAAGCAGAGCGGAGUGGACGACAUGGUCCUGCUGUCUAAGAUCUCUGAGGACGCCAUUGUGGAAAACCUCAAGAAAAGAUACCUGGACGACUUCAUCUUUACUUACAUCGGCCCGGUGUUGAUAUCAGUCAACCCGUUUAAACAGAUGCCCUAUUUCACUGACAGGGAAAUUGAACUUUACCAAGGAGCUGCCCAGUAUGAGAAUCCACCCCACAUCUACGCCUUGUCUGACAACAUGUACAGAAACAUGAUGAUUGAUGCUGAGAAUCAAUGUGUCAUCAUCAGCGGUGAGAGUGGUGCUGGAAAGACUGUGGCUGCCAAAUACAUCAUGGGCUACAUCUCCAAAGUAUCCGGAGGAGGAUCAAAAGUUCAGCAUGUGAAAGACAUAAUCCUGCAGUCAAAUCCUCUACUUGAAGCUUUUGGUAAUGCCAAGACCGUCCGCAACAACAAUUCUAGUCGUUUUGGGAAAUACUUUGAGAUUCAGUUCAGUAGAGGAGGAGAGCCAGACGGCGGAAAAAUCUCAAACUUCCUGCUGGAGAAGUCGAGGGUGGUGAGCCAGAAUGAGAACGAGAGGAACUUCCACAUUUACUAUCAGCUGAUAGAGGGUGCCAGCGCUCAGCAAAAGGAGGCCCUGGGAGUCAUGACCCCAGAUUACUAUUACUACCUCAACCAGUCCGGGACCUACAAAGUGGAUGGAACCAAUGACAGCAAAGACUUUCAGGAGACUAUGGAAGCCAUGCAAGUGAUUGGGAUCCCCGGCGAUAUCCAGAAUCAGGUGCUGCAGAUCAUCGGAGGCAUCCUCCACCUCGGAAAUAUCAGUUUCAUAGAGGCAGGCAACUAUGGGCAGGUGGAGAGCACAGACUUGCUUGCCUUCCCUGCUUAUCUGCUGGGCAUUGACCCAAACCGUCUGCAGGAAAAGCUGACAAGCCGGAAGAUGGAGUCAAAGUGGGCAGGGAAGUGUGAGUCCAUUAACGUGACAUUGAACCAGGAGCAGGCCACCUACACACGAGACGCGCUGGCCAAAGCCCUCUAUGCAAGACUCUUUGACUACCUGGUGGAGUCUAUAAAUAAAGCCAUCCAGAAACCAUAUGAAGAGUUCAGCAUUGGUGUACUUGACAUUUAUGGGUUUGAGAUAUUCCAGAGAAAUGGCUUUGAGCAGUUCUGUAUCAACUUUGUCAACGAGAAACUGCAACAGAUCUUUAUUGAACUGACUCUGAAGGCUGAGCAGGAAGAGUAUGUUCAGGAAGGCAUCAAGUGGACACCCAUUGAGUACUUCAAUAACAAGAUUGUGUGUGACCUUAUUGAAAAUAAAUUGAACCCUCCUGGUGUAAUGAGUGUCCUGGAUGAUGUGUGUGCCACUAUGCAUGCCAAAGGAGAGGGUGCAGAUGGCACUCUGCUGCAGAAACUGCAGGCUGCUGUGGGGACGCACGAACAUUUCAACAGCUGGAACUCUGGGUUCGUCAUACAUCAUUAUGCUGGCAAGGUGUCGUAUGAUAUCAACGGCUUCUGUGAAAGAAACCGAGAUGUGCUUUUCCCUGACCUCAUUGAGCUCAUGCAAAGCAGUGAAUAUGGCUUCAUUCGUAGCUUGUUCCCUGAUAACCUCAGCAUGGAUAAGAAAGGCAGGCCGACCACAGCCAGCUCCAAGAUCAAGAGACAAGCUAAUGAGCUGGUGAACACGCUGAUGAAGUGUACUCCUCACUAUAUUCGCUGUAUCAAACCUAAUGAGACAAAAAGACCUAAAGACUGGGAGGAGAGCAGGGCUAAGCAUCAGGUCGAAUACCUGGGACUACGGGAAAAUAUACGCGUACGAAGAGCUGGAUUUGCGUAUCGCAGACUGUUCAGUAAAUUUCUGCAACGGUACGCCAUUCUGACAGCUGAGACGUGGCCACAUUGGAGGGGUCCAGAGCAGCAGGGGGUCCUUCACCUACUCCGGUCUGUCAACAUGGAUACCGACCAGUACCAGAUGGGACGCACUAAAGUCUUCGUCAAAAACCCUGAAUCGCUGUUUCUGCUCGAGGAGAUGAGGGAGAGGAAGUUUGACACUUUUGCCAGGACCAUCCAGAAGGCCUACAGAAGAUACAUUGCCAGGAGGAAGUAUGAACAGAUGAGAGAGGAGGCUUCUGACAUCCUGUACAACUCCAAAGAGCGGAGGAAGAACAGCAUCAACAGGAACUUUGUCGGCGAUUACCUCGGUCUGGAGCAGAGGCCUGAGCUCAGACAGUUUCUGGCCAAGAGGGAGCGUGUUGAUUUUGCUGAUUCCGUCACUAAGUUUGACCGCAGGUUCAAGACCAUCAAGAGAGAUUUGAUCCUGACUCCCAAAGGCAUCUAUCUGAUUGGUCGGGAGAAGGUGAAGAAGGGACCUGAGAAAGGACAGAUAAAGGAGGUGCUGAAACGAAAACUGGAGUUUGGAAACAUCGGUGGCGUCUCUCUUAGUACGAGACAGGACGAUUUGUUCAUCCUGCACGAGGCUCAGUACGACAGUCUGCUGGAGUCCAACUUCAAGACAGAGUUCCUCAGUCUGCUGUCGAAACGCUACGAAGAAGUGACCAAGAGAAAACUGACAAUAUCCUUCGCUGACAGACUAGAGUUCAGAGUGAAGAAGGAGGGCUGGGGUGGAGGAACCUCCAGGAUCUUGGUAUUCCAGAACGGGCAGGGGGAUCUGGCCCAGCUUAAACCGGGAGGAAAGACCCUCACCAUCACAGUAGGGAACGGUCUACCCAAAUCCUCCAAGCCAACAAGGAAGAGUGUGGCACAUGGUGGUGGUGGUCGUGGUGGUGGUGGUGGUGGUGGGAGAAAUCACGUUGCCAGCAGAGCGCACCAGAAUGGAGCGGCCCAGUUUCCCAGAGGCCAUCACAAUCAGCAACAAUCAGAAAUGACAUAUUCCACCCCGAACAAACAGGGUCGGCCACCGAGCGCAGCCCUGCCUAAACUGGGUUCCCAGAGGGGAUCUAGAGCACCAGCCCACAACCAGUAUAACCAGGGGAACCAGGAUUUCCUCAAUGUGCCUGACCAGGGAAUGUCAGGGAAGCAGAGGAAAAGGAGCAUCAGUCAUCGUCCUCCUCCUGCUCCUAAAUCUCAGGGUCGUGCCCAGGGCCCCCGCUGCCGGGCUAUAUACCAGUACAUGGGCCAGGACACGGACGAGAUCAGUUUCGAUGUCGGUGAAGUGAUAGAACUCGUCAAAGAAGAUGCAUCCGGCUGGUGGACGGGCAGGAUUAACGGAAGGGAAGGUCUCUUCCCUGGUAACUAUGUGGAGAAGAUUUGAUCAGGAAGAUUUGAUCAGGACUUGAUUGAUCAUACUGUCUAUUAUGAGAUGUAUUUGUUUUAAGCAGCACAUUCGCUCAACAAACUGUCUGUGAAUUGUUCGAGCUCUUCAUCCGUAGUGGAAAGCAGGGCUGUUCAAAGUGGACUCUGCUGACAUUUGAGCCACAUAUAACUUGUUUGGCAGCGUGGUGUACAAGCAGAGCACAGGAGGGAGACAUAGCUGUAUUGGUCAUUAUAGUUAAAACACAGAUCCACUGCUCAGGUUUCAGCUCAGUCAGUAUCCCGACUGAAAGACGUUCUCUUUGAGCCAUAGUUUGACUGAAUGACCUCCAGCUACAGUUACAGCCCUGAUAAAAAUACUGCCUUGCUUUCUGGUGUCUACAGUGUUUACAGUCGCCUGAUGCUUUUUUCUCCAGAGCAACAAUCCUGAUUAAGGCAACAGCAAAAAAUCAAGUUGUAGAUAUCUGAUAAUAUACUGAAUGAAUAGCCACAACUGGUACGUUUGCACUUGCUUCAGUUUAAUCAGUUAUUGACAGAUAGUUUUAUAUUCAUGGCUUGUUACUAAUAUUGUCAAUGGUAUUUUUGCAUAUUUCACCUCAUUAAAAUCAAAUAAAAAUAUAUUUUCAUAUUUUUUACCUCAAAGUUGGCGUGCAGCAAGUUGUUACAUAUAUGUUACUGAUUGUUACAUAGAUUAUUUGAAGGAAUAAUCACAAAGAUGAAGACCAAUUUAACUUGUAUGUUUUACCAGUUUAUAUCUU